AUGACAGCCUCCUCACGUAAGUCCCAUCGAAAGUCGCGCCUUGGAUGUGAUACCUGUAAGCGGCGCAGGGUAAAGUGCGACGAAGUCAAGCCAGCAUGCACGAACUGUUUGCGCCAUUCAGUUGAAUGUGAUUAUCAAUCAGGGCAGUCGAUUUCUCGUAGGGCGCCUCCUUCGACGCAGGGCACAGAGGUACAGCUAUCACUUCGCAGGAGCUAUACAUUUUACUCCUCGUCUCAGUCAGAUUUCAGACCACCGAAAAGAGGAAAUGCUGCGGUCAGAAAACAACAACAAGAGGACCCACCCACGGGCACGCCCUCUAAUACGCCCUGUGACACCCCCUCCAAUACGCCCUCAGAGCUAACGACCGCGUCCUUCGGGUUCAGUGGGACUGAUAUGGAGUUGUUCCAUCACUACCUUACCUCGGAAGAACUAGGCGCAGACAAAAACCCCGAAGCCCAGACGACAAUACACUCUCGACUUCCUCGUCUGGGGUUCUCAUUCCAUUACGUCUUGCACCUUAUCCUGGCGUUCUCGGGGUUCCAUUUAGCGCGGAUCCAAAGAAAUCGCGGAUCCAUGCACUAUAUCGAAGCUGAAAGGCACUAUGGAACUGCCCUGCGAAAGAUGACGGCUGCGAUACCCUUCCUGAAUCAACACAACUGCCACGCACUCUACAUGGCUGCCAUUCUCAUUUUUAUCUGCUCUUUCGCAAAAGGGCCUCGGCCGGAUGAGUUUCUGGCUUUUCGUGAUGAUGGAAACGCUGGUUAUCUGUUUCUUUUCAUGGGUAUCCGGUCGAUAUUGGAGAAUUGUUCACCUGGCGUGCUUGAAAUACACUCAGAAGCCACAGAGAAUAACUUGCAGCCUAGCUCUCCAAACCAUAACAGACAAGUCUCCGAGUACAGCAAUCAGAUAGAACAAUUGCGGACCUUGAUUGUGGUUGGAUGGUCAAGUGACGACCAUCAUCUUCUGAUUUAUACCACUGUUCUUGAUAGACUUCAUCGGUGCUUCGAUUCCAUAUACGGACACCAGUUGCCGUUGACAGAUGGAGAACUCUGGCCGCAAAUAUUCGGCUGGUUAUAUACGCUGCCCAAUGAUUUUGUUGCUGAUCUGCAGCAUCGAAACUCAUUUGCAUUGAUGAUUUUCGCUUUCUAUACUGUUUUGCUUAAAAGAAUCAGCUCCGUGUGGUUUAUUCAAGGAUGGCCUGAACACAUCAUAGCUGGCAUCCAUCGAUUUGUUCCUGAGGAAUAUCAAACGUUUAUACAAUGGCCGAUGGAGCAGAUGAAAUAA